AUGAUAUAAACAAAUUAUCAGAGAAGAAUAACAGUGGCUUUGUUAAGAAAUGUAUAUCAUUUAUAGAAACUUUUGGAAAAGGAAUUAAAGAAUUUAAAGAAAUUCUUUUAAAAUUUAAAAGAGGUGUUAUAAUCAAUACAAAUUCAAUUGAGGAGAAGCAUAAAGAAAUAAAAAGUGAAAAUAAAUAAUUUCAAGCAAAAAAUCCUUAAUUUUUGA